AUGCCCGAUGUGGGGCGCCACAACGACUUCUACAUCCGCCCGGGCAUACGACGCCCCCAUCGCAAUGCACCAGACCUCCUUCUCCCCACGUCCACCAAACCGGGGAAUAUCGAACCGCUCGAACCAUAUCGAGAUCCACCAACGAACCAAAAACUCACAUCAGCAUCUAGCGCUCCACUCCUCCUCCCUCACAUCAAACCCCUCCAUCCCGCCCAAACACCCCUCACCAAAAACUGGACCCAUCCCUCCGUCCUCCUCACCAUCCCCGGUUUCGCCUCGCUCAAGCUGAUCAUGAACUCCAGCGCGGCCUUUCUCACCUCUUCCGCUUCAAGGUCCUGUCGUCUUGCGGGUCGUCUUCCGUGCCGGAGGAGUGGGAGUCAGGAGAGAGAUGUGAGAUGGAAGGGGGAGGGUGGGAAUGUGAAUCCGCCGGAGGAAGGGCCGGAGGAAGAGGGCGACGUUGGGUAUGGGACCGUGGCCUGCGCUGGGAAGGAUGAGACUGGGGAGCUAGCAAAGGAGGGGGGGAGGGAGAUGGGGGGCGAAGAGGGAGGGAGAGGAAGUGGCGAGUGGGGUUAG